UCAUGGGUAAAAAUAGGCAAUGGCCGACAAACAUCGAGAAGGUUGUGUGCUCUAAAGCAGUCCAACAAAAAUGAAUACAGAAUCACCGUCAGGUGAGGCUUUCCCUGAUCUGAUAUCUGCUGCCUUGCGUGGCGCAGGGAUAUCAGGAGAUGAUUUGGCUUUUGAUUUUAGUGAUUUUGAUGAUGGAACUCAAGAUGAAUCAUAUGGUCUGGAGGCUCAAUCUCAGGAAGUGGGUCAAGCCCUUUCUCAAAACAUUCAGAUAUCUUCUGGUCAUCAAUUGGGGAUUCAUAAUGCCAAUUCAACAAAUGUCAUGCGACAAGUUGUUGGUCAUAAUCAGCAGAAUCUACAGCAGUCUGCCAUUCAGGCUAGCCAGCCAAUGACAGUUGUAAACCCUCCACAUAUCAGACCGCAACAAACUAUUUUGUCAGCUCAAAUGAUUCGAUCUCAGAACCAGCAGGGCGCCCCACAGGGCAUGCAAUCAUUCAGAAUUAUAAGAACUCCAACUAGUGUUAUUCGUACACAAACAGUCCAGCCAACUCUUCAGCAACAGAAAAUCCGUUGUCAACCAGUACCAAGGCAUUUAUUACCUCCAACUGUUGUACAUCAAGUGUCAAGCCCUCAGUCUGUAAUUUUCAGAUCCAUCUUGAAAACUCAUGCAAAAAAGGUUAUUGGUACAUCCAUCCUCUCCAAUAAUUCUGCUACUUUUGAUGCAAGUACAAAUAGAAAUAUAAUUCGCAUUCCUGCCUCAUCAAUGGCCAAUGGCAUGCCACAAGGACAGCAAUUAGUUAUUCAGUCACAGAAUGGUCCAUCACAAGUGUUGAAGGUUACUACUCGUGGUGGUAAAGCUGUCAGCACUGAAGAUAUUACUAAAAUUGUUAGUUCAUUACCAAAUUUAAAAAAUGGCUCCAGAAUAAUUGUGAAUACCACCCCUGGUGCUCUUGGUGAAUCUAAGGCAACAAUUCAUGUUGUGUCAAAGCCUCCAACACCUCCCACCACUCAACAGCUUCAGCCUAUUGUUUUCUCAGCCCAGAGCCUACAGAAGAACCCAAAUUCACUAAUUAUGCCUAAUCCUAUAAUUAGCACUUUGAAAACUGCUCAAGGCAUUCAGUCCUCAGCUCAGUCUCUAACAAACACCAAAAUAUCCAAAUUACCAUUUACACCAACUCAAAAAAACCCUGUCAACGUAAAGCUGGGCCAAAUGGGCACUCUUUCCAGCAUGCAGGCUCCUCUGAGUAACAUUCCAACUGUUACAGAUAUGACUAAUGUUGCUGGUCCUCAUUUAAGAAUGUCUAUGUCUAGCAAAGAUCUUUCUAAAACAUGGAGUGAUCAUCAGGCAAUAAGAAGGGUUCACAGUGCACAGAAUUUGCAGCGUGGACUCUCUCAGGUACCUCAAGACGAAGAAGAGAUAGAAGAAGAGGUGGAGGAACUUGGUCAUGCCGAAACCUAUGCAGAGUAUAAGCCUAGUAAAUUAAAUUUUGGCAAGAAGCACCCAGAUCCUGUGGUUGAGACCAGUUCUUUGUCCAGUGUGGAACCACCAGAUGUAAAGUAUCAGUUACGCAUUUUAGAUGAGGGUGUAGAUGAGGAUGGAAAGUUGUCCGCUCUUCAGUUGGAAGCCAUUACAUAUGCUUGUCAGAAGCAUGAGAUGAUUUUGCCUGGAGGUCAAAGGGCUGGAUAUCUUAUAGGUGAUGGUGCUGGUGUAGGAAAGGGUAGAACCAUAGCUGGUAUAAUUUUUGAGAAUUAUCUAAAGCGACGGAAAAGAGCUCUAUGGUUGAGUGUGUCGAAUGAUUUAAAAGUUGAUGCUGAAAGGGACCUACGAGAUAUUGGUGCUAAUCACAUUGAGGUUUACCCUCUAAAUAAAUUCAAAUAUUAUGCCAAACUAUCAAGCAAGGAAAACGGUAGUUGUAAAAAAGGUGUGGUAUUUGCUACCUAUUCUUCUCUAAUUGGUGAAAGUCAAGCAGAAGGAAAGUACAACACUCGAAUGAAGCAGUUGCUAAAAUGGUUUGGCAGCAACUUUGAUGGUGUGAUUAUUUUUGAUGAGUGCCACAAAGCAAAGAAUCUUUGUCCAACUGGCUCAAGCAAACCUACUAAAACAGGUCAAACAGUAUUAGAGCUACAGAAUCGCUUGCCCUUGGCUAGGGUUGUGUAUGCUUCAGCUACAGGAGCUACUGAGCCCAGAAACAUGGCCUAUAUGACUCGGCUAGGUCUCUGGGGAAAAGGGACACCAUUCAAUGAGUUUAAUGAUUUCAUUCAAGCUGUUGAGCGAAGAGGUGUUGGUGCUAUGGAGCUGGUUGCCAUGGAUGCAAAAUUGAGAGGAAUGUACAUAGCCAGACAACUCAGCUUUCAUGGAGUGACAUUUAGAAUUGAUGAAAUCCCUUUGGAAAAAGAUUUUGUGAAAGUUUAUAACCUUGCAGUUGAAAUGUGGGUAGAAGCAAGAGAGAUGUUUCAAAAGGCAGCAGAACUAAUUGAGGCUGAGCACAGAAUGAAAAAAAGCAUGUGGGGUCAGUUUUGGUCAGCUCACCAGAGGUUUUUCAAAUAUUUGUGUAUAUCAUCAAAAGUGAAUCAUUGUGUAGAUCUUGCAAGAGAUGCAGUCAAGUGUGGAAAGUGUGUUGUGAUAGGUUUACAAUCUACUGGUGAAGCUAGAACUUUGGAGCAAGUAGAGGAGGCAGGUGGUGACCUGACUGACUUUGUAUCCACUGCCAAGGGUGUGUUCCAAUCUUUGGUUGAGCGUCAUUUUCCUGCAUCAACUCGUGGUAGAGCUAUGGACAUUAUCAAGCAAGUCAGCAAUAGCCAUAAACAAAAACAAAAAGAUUCUCCUAACUCGUGGAAAAAAAAUUCAGAUGAGCCUCCAAAUAAACGUCAAAAAAGAAAUAAUGACGAUAGCAGUGACCCAGAGAGUAAUGAUUCCUCACCAGAUAUAAGUGACAUAGAUUACAUGUCCUCUUCUGAAAGUGAAUCUGAUAGUGAUGAUGAAGAACGCAACCCUUUUGCAAAUGGUUGGGACAGUGAUGAUGAUGAUCCUUGGUGCCAGAAGAAGAGAAAGAAAAAAGAAAGCCCUAAGAAAAAGAAAAGGGAGAAAAAGAAAAAGAAAGAUAAGGAUUCCAAGAAGAAUGCCAGUGAUGAUGAAGAUGCAGUGUUUGAUAAAGCUCUGGCUAAAGCUGGCCUGUUAAAUAAAACCUCAACUAAUGGAUUUGAUGGCCAUUCUGGAAACUGGGAAAAGGCGAGUGCAAUGAAAUCUGAACUUUUGGCAAGAAUAGAAUACUUGGGUGAGAAGCUCCCACCAAAUACACUGGAUCAACUGAUAGAUGACCUUGGAGGCCCAGAGAGUGUAGCUGAGAUGACUGGUCGCAAAUCACGUGUUGUUUCUACAACUGAUGGAGUACAGUUUGAAUCUAGAUCUGAGGCUGACGUUUCUCUUGAAAUUCUGAACUUGACCGAAAAACAGAGGUUCAUGGAUGGUGAAAAGUUUAUAGCCAUUAUCUCAGAGGCAGCCAGCUCUGGUAUAUCUCUCCAGGCAGACAGAAGAGCUAUAAAUCAGAGAAGAAGAGUUCACAUUACAUUAGAAUUACCCUGGAGUGCUGAUAGGGCUAUACAGCAGUUUGGUCGUUCACACAGAUCUAACCAAGUUAGUGCCCCAGAAUAUGUCUUUCUAAUAUCUGAGUUGGCAGGAGAGAGAAGAUUUGCAUCUACUGUAGCGAAACGUCUGGAGAGUUUGGGUGCUUUAACGCAUGGUGAUCGCAGAGCUACAGAAACUAGAGAUCUUAGCAGAUUUAACAUUGAUAACAAGUAUGGCAGAAUGGCUCUGGAAACUGUGAUGAAGUCUGUGUUAGAUAUCCCUUGUGACAUUCAAGCUGUAUCACCACCCAAGAAUUAUCAAGGAGAUUUUUUUAAAGAUGUUAAAGAGGCUUUAAUUGGUGUUGGUAUGAUUUCUGUUGAUGAAAAGACCGGUGCAGCUGUCUUAGAAAAAGAUUUCAACAAUAUAUCAAAAUUCUUGAAUCGCAUACUUGGGAUGAAAGUUGCAGUGCAGAAUGCUUUGUUUAAAUACUUCACUGAGAAUUUGACCUCCAUUAUCUUAGAAGCUAAACGUAAUGGCAGAUGGGAUAUGGGCAUUAUGGAUCUUGGCUCUGGCCAGGAAAAGGUUAGAAAAAUAGAGACAAAAGUAUUUGUUGGGAAUACAUUGACAAAUACAGCAAAGACUGAGUUGACCAAGUUUGCUGUAGAGAGGGGAAUGCACUGGCAGCAAGCUAUAGAGCUAUGGAGAAGAUGUGGAUCAAUGGAUGAAGGCUUCUACUGCUCUCUUCAGGAUCGCAUGUGCAAGAAAACUGUUGUGCUGGUUGUCAUCCAUGGUAAAAAUAAGAAAAAAGAGCUGAUGUAUAAUGUCUACAGACCAAACACUGGUCUACAAAGUCGGCCUGAGACUUUAGAAGAAAUCAAGAAAAAAUUUAAGAAAUGUCUGCCUGAUGUUGCAGAACCUCUAUGGGAAGACCAGUACGCCUUCUCUGAAACACAGUGCAGUCACAAAUAUUUGCGAGGCAGUUGCAGGAAAGCAGCCACAGGACAGCAGUGUGACUUUGGUUUACGUACCAGGUUUUAUCAUGUGCUGAGUGGGUCUGUGUUAAGUGUCUGGAGUAAGGUUGAAAGUGUUCUUGUGGGUUUGAGUGCCACUUCUAGAAUGCAGAUUAUUCGUCUCCGCACAGAAGAUAAUCAAAGAAUUGUUGGGAGCCUGAUCCCACCCAAUGCUGUGACAGCUCUAGAGAGGACCCUAAGCCAAGACUCCGGCAAGACCUACACAGAAAAACAUGACAACCCUUUCAACUACCAGCCAUACAUUCCUGGCAGCAACAGCAGCCACUACAAUCUUACUAACAAUCAAAGUUUCAACGUCAGUACCACUGCAAGCACCAGCAACAACUUCAGCUCAGAGGUCAAUGACAACAACAACAGCAGCAAUGAGAGGGCUGAGGAGAAUGAGCCCCCUGAAUUGCUCAGUAUGCCAACGUUGGUUUGGUAGCAUUUGAUUACAACAGGGGAAAUUUAUUUAUAUUUAAAAGGAUAAAUUUCAUUUGGACAAGAAGUAAAGUUUCUUGGAAUUCUUUCUUAAUAAAGUCUUUCAGUUUUAUAGUAAGACUCACACAAUAAGUGAGUGGAGACUCAACACAGCAUUUGAGGAAGUUUUAAAUGUAUUGAGAGCACUAUUUGUAUUUAUUAAUUGUGAAAAAGGAUUUGUUCCAGUGAUUUGCUUUUUUAAAGUUUUUUAAGACAUAAACUUAGAGUUGUAUAAUUAUGUUUUAUAAUUAUUGAAAUGUUUAUUUAUUAAGUAAUAAUGCUUUUUGAUACAUUUCCAUUGCCAUUUUUUUUCCUUCACUUAAUGGGAUCAAACCUUUCUUGUGCCUUAAAUACCGGUCUGGUUAAUAAUUUUUUUAGUCUGGAUGGUGUCAUGACUGACACUUGAAUGUAUGCCAUAUGUUGUUGGGCUGGUAACUACCAGUAGCAAUGACUCAAAACUUGCAGCAAACAUUUAAUCACAGAAUUGGGGGGAAAACAAGUACUUUGUUCUCUUUUCUUUAAAGAAAUCCAGUUAAUUUUAAGCAAAAUGUUCAUUGUUGUCAAGAUUAUUGAAAGUUAAUACUGACAACAUUUGAACCUUAAUAUUGACAACAGCAUAUAAAAGGUUGGUAUUUGAUAUAUAGGUUUUUAUCGAAUAGGUUGAUGUCAUUCAAUGUGGAUACAAAAACUAUUGAACUACUGUCAAUAUGCAUUUGCAUAAUACUGAAAUUCUGCAUUACUACUCUAAGAAUUAAGAGUAUCGUACCUAAAUCCAUAGCUGAAGAAAAUCCUGAAGAUCACAUCUAAAACCUGUAGGAGGGUUGUUGUAUAGUUUACUGUUAGAGAUAGAUGGUCACAAUGACACGUGUGUAAAUAAUUGAAGUGCAAUGUGUAAAGUUGACAGCACCAUUCAUUCCUUGAUAUAUUGUUGUACAGACAGAGUCUUUCAAAUCAUCUGUGAAUAUCUUGUGUAGAUCUGAGUGUACUAAGUGGCAAAACCACAUUUUAGAGAUGUGUAUGAAUCAGUUAAUUCCUUACAUUCUUGUACAUAUCUUUUCAUGUCAUUUGUUUUCAACCAGUUGUAUGGAAAUAUUGAUUCAACCUAUUAUUUAGUUGUAAUAGUGGGGAGACAGGAAGUAUUACCUUUUUUCAAUACGUUUUAGAGACCAAUUUCUAAUAAGUGUCCUAAUUGUAAGCGUUUCUGCUUUGAUGAUGAUUAAAAAAUUUCAUGGCUAAAUGUAACUUGUAUCGGUCAAAUAAAGUUUGCAUAAUAAAACAAAAUGCUACAGUAGCUGUUCAUCAGCUUGGUGCUAAUACUGUAACUUCUCACUCUUCACCCUUAUAAAUAAACCAUCUUUUUUUUGUAUAAAUAAAGUUAACUAUUUAAUUCAUUUCUUGAAAGCAUGAUAGAAAGUAUGUUCACCCACUUGGACCAGGGAUUCUGACUGGGUCAUUUUUCAUAGUCAAAUGUGCCAAAAACAAUGCCAUAUUAAUGUCACUUGCAAAGCUUUAUACAAUCUUUUUGAGAUACUUAAUUUUUUUGUUUGUGUUGCAAGUAUAUUCUAAAACACCAAAAAAAAAAAUUUUCAUUUGAUUUUGAGAAAUUAAAUCCUUUCACCAGGACACUGUUUUUAAAUGUUUUGUCAGUUAUAGUGCGGAAGUUUCCCCCCUAACAUUGCUUUGUUUUAUUUUUCAUAUUUGGAUGAGCCAUCUGUAUAUAUAAAGCAUCCUUGAUGAAGUAAGGACCUUUAAUGUUUGAAAUUAAUUAAUGUGUAUCUCUUUAAAGUGCAUUGUGUUUCCCUGCUGUUAAGAUUGUAUCCAUGGUAGGCAUAUACUUGCCCAAUAUGCCUAGCUUGCAUGGUAGUUAUGUAUGAACUGUUAAUAUUAGAGUUGAUUCAAAUGUAUUUUAUUUUAAUUUGUUCCUUGUGAACUUGAAAAAACUUACAUGGAUAUGAUGUAAUUAAAAAAAAAUUUGAAGAAUUUAUUACAUUGUUUGUGAUGCAGUUUUCU